CCCCCCCACCCAACACACAUAUACACUAUCUCUCUCUCUUAUACUCUCUAAGAGUCUAAGUCCAAAAAGCCAUUACCACAUUGGCUUUUUUUGCCUUUUGUUUCUGUGCUUCCUAUGCAAUUGUCUAUGUCUGCUGCUGCUUCUGCUCCCCCGUCUCAGUACUGCAAAUGGGGGAGGAAUCAUACUUUGAUUUUCUUCUUAUUUUUUGAUACCCUUUCUUUUCCUAUCAUCUUUUAGCCUUCUGGGUAUCCCUCCAAACAUGACUUUCUUCCUCUUUUCUAUUAAUUUCCCCCUCCCACACUUAUAUAUCUCUUUCUUCCCAUGAUUUGACCUUCAUUUCCAUUUUCUCUAUGGUUUUUGCUUUCUAGGUGCCCUUGAUAGCCACUUGAUUGCUCUCAUCACUCAUCCCCCACUCCUUUUUUGUUUGUUUUUUGCUAUUUUGUUGGUGGGUUCGUUGGUUGGCUGUACUUCUGUUGAGCCAUACUUGGAACCAUACUGGGUUUCAUGGAAAUUGAUCUGAACCAUGCAGUGACUGAGGUGGAGAAGCAUGCUUUCUGUAAUGGGGAUUGUGAUAAGGCCAGUUGUGUUUGUUGCUUGUCUUCUUCAUCUUCUUCUUCCUCUGCGUCUAACUCCUCUGCUUCUCCUGACUCUUCUUCAAUCUAUUUGGAGCUUUGGCAUGUUUGUGCUGGCCGUCUCACCUCCCUCCCCAAGAAAGGGAAUGUGGUUGUUUAUUUCCCACAAGGUCACUUGGAACAAGCUGCCUCGUCCUCUCCUUUUCCACCCAUGGACAUUUCUACCUUUGAUCUCCCACCCCAGAUCUUCUGCAGGGUUGUGAAUGUUCAACUUCUCGCUAAUAAGGAGAAUGAUGAGGUCUAUACACAGGUCACUUUGCUUCCUCAACCAGAGUUGGCAGGCAUAAAUUUAGAGGGCAAAGAGCUUGAAGGACUAGGGGUAGAUGAGGAGGGGGGUGGAGGAUCACCAACAAAAUCAACCCCCCACAUGUUUUGCAAAACUCUUACAGCUUCUGACACUAGCACCCAUGGUGGAUUCUCUGUUCCUCGUAGAGCUGCUGAAGACUGUUUCCCACCAUUGGACUACAAACAGCAAAGACCCUCUCAAGAGCUUGUGGCUAAGGACCUACAUGGAGUGGAGUGGAGAUUCCGGCAUAUUUAUAGAGGUCAGCCAAGGCGACAUCUGCUUACUACAGGUUGGAGUAUUUUUGUAAGCCAAAAGAAUCUUGUUUCAGGGGAUGCAGUGCUCUUUUUGAGAGGUGAAGGCGGAGAGCUGCGAUUGGGAAUUAGGAGGGCUGUUCGACCAAGAAAUGGUCUUCCUGAGUCAAUCAUUGGUAACCAGAAUUCAUAUCCCAACGUUCUUUCCCUGGCAGCUAAUGCAGUAGCCACCAAGAGCAUGUUCCACGUUUUUUACAGCCCAAGGGCAAGUCAUGCAGAGUUCGUCAUUCCCUACCAAAAGUAUGUAAAAAGCAUCACAAAUCCAAUAUCUAUCGGGACAAGAUUCAAAAUGAGAUAUGAAAUGGAUGAUUCACCAGAAAGAAGGUCUAGUGGUGUAGUAACUGGAAUUGGUGACUUGGAUCCAUAUAGAUGGCCCAACUCAAAAUGGAGAUGCUUGAUGGUCCGAUGGGAUGACGAUAUUGUUAGUGAUCCUCAAGAACGAGUUUCUCCAUGGGAAAUUGAUCCUUCUGUUUCUCUUCCACCCUUGAGCAUCCAGUCUUCCCCAAGGCUGAAGAAACUGCGGACCAGUCUGCAGGCAACCCCACCCAACAACCCUAUCAAUGGAGGGGGUGGGUUUUUGGACUUUGAGGAGUCUAUAAGAUCCUCUAAGGUCUUGCAAGGUCAAGAAAAUGUAGGUUUUGUAUCACCCCUCUAUGGAUGUGAUAAGGUAAACCGUUCGCUGGAUUUUGAGAUGCAAAAUCCAAGCCUCGCUUCAACUGGAAUAGAAAAGGCUAAUUUUUGCGAGUUUAUGAGGGCUCCGCCCACCACUUACACAGGCUUUUUGGAAUCUGAUAGAUUCCCAAAGGUCUUGCAAGGUCAAGAAAUAGGCCCUUUGAGAUCCCUGGCUGGAAAAUCUGAUUUCAAUCUUGGUUCUUGGGGAAAACCCAGUCUUGGUUGCAACUUAUUCAAUAUGUAUCAGAAACCAAAGCCCAAUUUCUACCCACUAGCUUCAGAAGGCAUCAGAAACAUGUAUUUUCCUUACAAUGACAUCUACAAAGGUGGCCAAGAUCCCGUAAUGCUUUCUUAUGCAAGUAAUUUCCCAAGAGAAAACGUUCCAUUCAAUCCAUCUUCUAUCCGGAGUGGGGUUAUCGGCACUGAAGUUAGAAAGCCAAACAUACCAAAUGAACCAAAGCCUCCGGAAAAUAUAUCUGCUCCUCCCAAUUUAGAGACCAAUCUGCAACAUCAGAAAGAUGACACUUUUAGUGGAACUGCAGCUGGCUGUAAACUGUUCGGGUUUUCCUUGACUGGAGAAACUCCUCCAAACUCACAAAAUUCUGGUAAGAGGAGUUGUACUAAGGUUCACAAGCAAGGCAACUUAGUGGGACGAGCCAUUGAUCUCUCAAGACUGAAUGGUUAUGGUGACCUGUUUAGUGAACUAGAGCGUUUGUUUGGUAUGGAAGGCCUUUUACGAGAUCCUGACAAAGGUUGGCAGAUCUUGUAUACUGAUAGUGAGAAUGACAUGAUGGUUGUUGGGGAUGAUCCAUGGCAUGAAUUCUGUAACGUCGUCUCCAAGAUUCAUAUAUACACCCAAGAAGAAGUGGAGAAGAUGACCAUUGGGAUUAUCAGUGAUGAUACACAAAGUUGCUUGGAAGAAGCUCCAGUGAUACUGGAUGUGUCCAAGUCUUCGUCGGUGGGCCAGCCAGAUAGUUCUCCAACAGUGAUUAGGAUCUGAAACUCCAGAGUGUCUAGUAUUAUGUUUGCCUUGUUGGUAUGCACAAACAUAUUUACUUAAUCUUUAUUCAGAUUACUAAGUUUGGCAGCUGUCUUUCUGAAUAGAACAUAUUGACAAACUGUAAUUGUUUGGAAGUUGUUAAGAUAGUGUGACAUGGUCUUAGAAACCUAAAUAAAAAGCUUGAGUGUCCAUUGGAUUGCUGAAAGGUUGCGGGCAAGAUAGAAGAUCUUGCACUCUUACUGUUACGGCCCCUAUUAACCCUUAACCUUAAUAUGAGAUUCCAAGAUUUUAUUUU